AGAAUCCGAGUUAUUUUUAAUCGCUUCUAUCGCGCACGUUUGUUUCCCGGAGUUGUACCGUGCGCUGGAUUCGUGUGUGCACGUAAAACGCAUGCAGAGAGAAAGGGAGAGGAGGUUAAAGUGCCGCAUGGCACGUUUAUAACAGCCUUCACAUCUGCGACGAUCGAGAUCGACUAAGAUAAUAUUUCCAUCAUCAUGCCCCCUAAAAAGUCGAUGGAAGAAACGGAUCGGUUGACCCGUAUAGCUAUUGUAAAUUCCGACAAGUGUAAACCGAAACGAUGUAGACAAGAAUGCAAGAGAUCCUGUCCGGUAGUACGAAUGGGAAAACUCUGUAUAGAAGUUACUCCAAAUAGUAAAAUAGCAGCUGUCUCAGAAGAACUGUGCAUUGGAUGUGGUAUUUGCGUCAAGAAAUGCCCUUUUGAGGCAAUAUCCAUUAUUAAUCUUCCCAGUAAUUUAGAGAAGGAAACUACGCAUCGGUACUCAAAAAACUCAUUCAAACUGCAUAGACUUCCUAUUCCACGUCCCGGUGAAGUUCUAGGACUUGUAGGAACCAACGGGAUUGGCAAAUCGACUGCUCUUAAGAUUUUAGCUGGCAAACAAAAGCCAAACUUGGGAAGAUAUUCUGAUCCACCAGACUGGGCAGAAAUUUUGAGUCACUUCAGGGGUAGCGAAUUGCAGAAUUAUUUUACCAAAAUAUUGGAAGAUGAUUUAAAGGCGCUUAUUAAACCGCAGUACGUUGACCAGAUUCCCAAAGCAGUGAAAGGAACUGUGCAACAGCUGUUAGACAAAAAGGACGAAUGCAAGAAUCAGAUGGAAAUCUGUAGAAUGCUCGAUUUGCUGCAUAUACGCGAUCGAAGUAUCGAUGCGCUUUCUGGCGGUGAACUUCAGCGAUUUGCUUGCGCGAUGGUGUGCAUCCAAAAUGGGGAUAUUUUUAUGUUCGAUGAACCAUCCUCUUAUCUAGAUGUUAAGCAGCGUCUUAACGCUGCCGUGACUAUUAGAUCUCUUAUUCACCCAGACAAGUUUAUAAUAGUCGUGGAGCACGACUUGUCGGUUUUGGACUAUUUAUCUGACUUUAUUUGCUGCCUGUAUGGCGUUCCCGGUGCGUACGGCGUCGUCACUAUGCCCUUUUCCGUUCGGGAAGGGAUCAAUAUCUUUCUCGAUGGGUUUGUUCCCACGGAGAAUUUGCGAUUCCGCGAAGAAUCUCUCGUGUUUAAAGUAGCGGAAAGCGCGACCGAGGAGGAGGUGAAACGUAUGAAUCACUACGAAUAUCCUGCAAUGACGAAAACAAUGGGAACGUUCAAUUUGAUUGUCGAAAAGGGUCAGUUCACCGACUCGGAGAUACUUGUUCUGUUGGGAGAAAAUGGAACUGGUAAAACGACUUUUAUUAGAAUGUUGGCUGGCAAUUUACCACCGGAUGAUGGACCAGAAAGUAUUCCCCAACUUCAUAUUAGUUAUAAACCGCAAAAGAUAAGUCCGAAAUCCCAAGGUGUUGUGAGGCAGUUGCUGCAUGAGAAAAUUCGGGACGCGUACGUGCAUCCGCAAUUUGUGACCGACGUGAUGAAACCUUUGAAGAUCGACGAUAUUAUGGAUCAAGAAGUACAGAAUCUUUCCGGAGGCGAAUUGCAACGUGUUGCUCUGGCCCUUUGUCUGGGAAAACCGGCCGAUGUGUAUUUAAUUGACGAACCAUCGGCGUAUUUAGAUUCCGAGCAACGUUUGGUUGCCGCUAAAGUUAUUAAGAGAUUUAUAUUGCACGCAAAGAAAACGGGAUUCGUAGUAGAGCACGAUUUUAUCAUGGCCACGUACCUGGCCGAUCGCGUAAUAGUGUUUUCUGGUGUACCAUCGCUGGCAACAACUGCUCACAGUCCGCAGUCGUUGUUGAACGGUAUGAAUCGCUUUUUGGAGUUAUUGGGGAUUACAUUCAGAAGAGAUCCCAACAACUUCAGACCAAGAAUCAACAAAAGUCAAUCGGUGAAGGAUUUGGAGCAAAAGAGAGCCGGGCAAUACUUUUUCCUAGAAGAAUAAGCUGCCCCAUGUGGUGCGACGUGAAAGCUGGCAUAUAUAAAGUAUUAUUAAGAAACUUUUCUAAUCUUUAUACUUUUUAAAUGCCAAGAAUGAUACGAGAAUAUAUUUCCUCCCAUACGUAAAUAUUCAUGUGUUGUAUUGUCUUGUAAUGAUCGGAGAUGUUACACGUUAAUCAACAACAGAAUUUGAAAAUGCCACUUUCUGCGAGUAAAAUCUGAUUUUUAUCCGCGCGAAAGAAAAUAAUGUACAAUUUACGAACGAAUAUAUA